GACGAACAGUGAAACUGUUGAAAAAAACUAUAUCAGAGUAUCAGUAUAGUAGUCUAGUGGUUCCGUAGUCGCUUUCGAGAGUAUUCGAUCUCAUCUUGAAAAGUUUUUUUUAGAAAUAAUCAUUUCGAGUGAUUGAUAAAAGACAAUACUUGAAAAAUGCUACUUUUAAAAGUGUGUAGAGGUACACUUGUACCACAAGCCAAGACAUUAUUCAAAAUACCAUCAGCCACACCUCAACUCACAAAACUCCAAGCAGUUAGACUUUUAUCUAAUGAUGGACGUAGUACAUUUGCAAGGUCAACUAGAAAACGUACCAGUAUCACUGAGCAGGUUAUGGCUCCAGCUGGAGAAACAGCAUUCAACAUUGGAAAAGGAGCUGUCGCUGGAGGUGCUGCUCUUGGAAUUGGAGCACUUUGUUUCUAUGGUCUGGGUCUCUCAUCUGGCACAGGUGCCAUAGAUAAAGUUGGAAUAUGGCCUCAGUACGUAAGAGACCGUAUUCAAGCAACAUACAUGUAUUUUGGUGCCUCAGUACUCACAAGUGCAGCAUCAGCAGUACUUUGCUUGAGAUCUCCAGCUAUGAUGAAUCUAGUCAUGAGACAAGGUUGGAUGGCAUUAUUUGGCACAAUGGCAGCAAUGAUUGGUACAGGGAUGGUGGCCCAGAGUAUACCAUACAAGGAAGGUUUUGGAGCUAAACAAGCAGCUUGGUUACUGCAUACAGCAGUUGUUGGUGCAGUUUUGGCACCAAUGUGUUUACUUGGAGGUACUCUUGUCAUGAGGGCUGCUUGGUAUACAGCUGGUGUGGUUGGUGGUCUGUCAGCUGUAGCAGUCUCGGCUCCUAGUGAAAAAUUCCUAAAUAUGGGAGGACCUCUUGCUAUCGGUCUUGGAGUGGUGUUUUGCAGUUCUAUUGGAACAAUGUUCUUACCACCAACAACAGCUUUUGGUGCUGGCCUUCAUUCUAUUGCGCUAUACGGUGGUUUAAUCCUGUUUUCCAUGUUCUUACUGUAUGACACUCAACGCAUUAUACGACGAGCUGAGACUCAACCACAAUACAACCAAUAUUCCAUCGCUCCCUUUGAUCCAAUUAACAACGCUAUUUCAAUCUACUUGGACACCAUCAAUAUUUUUGUUAGAAUUCUUACUAUUCUGGCUGGAGGUGGCAAUAGGCGCAAAUAAAGUAAUUUUAAUGUAAAUAGUUUAUCAUGCUGAUGGAAAUUCUUGUAAAUCAGUUUAUGCGAGUAAAUUUGCAAGUAUUUCAUUUUGUUUUACGUAAAAUAAAAUUUAAAGAAUAGCAAUGUAUUACUAAAUUUUAUGAUACUUCGAUAAAUGUCUAUUGAUGUAUUAUAGUUUCAAUAUUAUUCGUUACACACUUAAGAUUCAAUAUUUAAUAAUUAUAAUGAUAAUAUUCUACAGCGAUUGAUAAAA